CCCUGUUGAGCCGUGGGGGGCUGGGCCACGAAUUCCCGCAGGGUCUGAUCUUUCACCCAUACACGGAAUUCUCAGGCUGGCAGAGAAAACAUUCCAGGAUUAUUUGUCUGGAACCUUCAAAAACGAGCAGUACGACAAAUACCAUGCAAGUUUAUGCAUUGCUUUGGAGUAGCCAAUAAAAGAUGGAUUACCUUUCAGCACCUUAACUUCCUCAAACGAAUGUAUGUAACGCAGUCCAGCAAAGACCUCAGUCAGCAAGCAAAACUGAAGCCAGAUCCAGUUGCACAUCCUGUGCUUGAGAAAAAACAUUUGGGUCAAGAAAAAACAGUUACAUGUGAACUCAGAUCAGUUUCACCUCUUCACCCACCUUUGUCUGAGACUUCACACAGAAAUGAGGUUAAAGAAAUGAAAUCAGCUGCAGUUGUAGAAGACUUGGCAACGGCAGUAGGAGCAGAAUCUAAAGAAAAACAGUGGAAAGAAAUGAAGCUGCAACUGGAUGAUUUACCAGGAAUUUUGGCACGUUUGUCCAAAAUCAAACUUACAGCACUGGUUGUGAGUACCGCAUCUGCUGGGUUUGCUAUGGCUCCGGUCCCUUUUGAUCUUACUUGUUUCCUGCUUACCUCCAUUGGAACUGGACUUGCUUCCUGUGCAGCCAACUCCAUCAAUCAGUUCUUUGAGGUUCCCUUUGACUCGAAUAUGAACAGGACAAAAAACAGACCUCUGGUGCGAGGACAGAUCAGCCCACUGCUUGCGGUGUCCUUUGCUGCCACCUGUGCAGUGCCAGGAAUCGCCCUUCUGACCCUGGGAGUUAAUCCUCUCACGGGGGCGCUGGGAGCCUUCAACAUUUUCCUGUACACGUGCUGUUACACACCGAUGAAAAGAAUGAGCAUCGCCAACACGUGGGUGGGAGCUGUCGUGGGUGCCAUUCCCCCCAUUAUGGGCUGGACUGCAGCAACAGGCAGUCUGGAUGCUGGUGCAUUGCUGUUGGGAGGAAUUCUCUACUCCUGGCAGUUUCCUCAUUUCAAUGCCUUGAGCUGGGGCCUCCGGGAGGAUUACUCACGAGGAGGCUACUGCAUGAUGUCUGUCACCCACCCUGCCAUGUGCAGGCGGGUUGCUCUGCGUCACUGCUUGGCCUUAAUUGGACUCUCCACGGUGGCCCCUCUCCUCGAUGUCACCACGUGGAAUUUUCCCCUUGUUUCACUCCCUAUCAACCUGUACAUUUCCUACCUCGGCUUUCGCUUCUACAGGGAUGCAGAUCGUAGCAGCUCCAGGAAACUUUUCUUCUGCAGCCUGUGGCACUUGCCAAUGCUUCUCCUGCUCAUGCUUACGUGUAAGAAAUCCCUGCUGGAGAGCGAAGACAAAAGCAACCAUCUCCGCUGAAAUCACAGCCAUACUGUGGAAAUGGGAUUGCCUUCGUGCCAGUCGGAGCUAGCGACACCUCUGUGCUAAUUAUGGGUGCGAAAGUCUAUGGUACUGUGUUUAAAGAGAAUCCCUUGUGCCCGGAGACCACUUUACAUAAUUCUUUUCUGAUUUCUUUUUAGAGGGAGGGACUUGGGGGACUUAAAUAGGCUGGGUCAAUGGGAUCAAAGCCUUUUUCACUUCUGAGGUCAUGAAUUUAAACUCCAGCCUAGGUGAAAAAUGAAUCCUGUCCCCUUGGCUUCCUGCUAGCCCGUGUGAAAUGAGCUUGGUGAACAGUGACAAGAGGGGCGAGUGAAGUGAGAAAGUAUAUGCAUUGCAGAAGCAUCAUCCCCCCAACUGGCCCUCCUCAUUGACAUUCUUAGUGAGGAGGCCAGGGAGAGCGUUUGCAUCUUGAGCGUUCCUCUGGCCCCCUAUGAGCAGGCAGAACGGCAUUGGGGCACGUUGGCAGGGUAGUGAGUGGGAAGUUUUCACUGCCACGGUUGUGCCAUCCCACCUAUGGCUAAAUGAACAGCGUCAGUUGCCAGGACUGUCAAUCCAGCACCUUUCACAGGGAGUCGGUUCACUUUCAUAUGUUUUCAGAGAAGCCACAUUGUGUUCCAUCAGGUCUUCAGCACUUUGUAGCUCAUACAACACACGGUGCAUUAGCAUUUAAAGAGCCUCUGGCUGAACGGAGAUAGUUCCUAGUCCAUAUCUUUCAGAUAGAGCGAUUUUUAUUCUACUCUGUCUCAGAGGAACUUCUCGCCCUACCUAGAGCACGUUCUAGGAGUGAUCGUCAGGGCUUGAAUGCUCAGGACCAGAUCCUCAACUGGUGUCGACUGACAUAACUACUCCAACUUCAUGGGAGCGUUGCCCAUUUACACCAGCUCAGGAUCAGGCCCUCAGAGUCCAGGAGUUUCAGGUUUUCUAAUAGGAAUUGUGCCAACCUGUUCAAUCUAAAAGUCUGUCUGCUGGUGAGACGUUUCCUGUAAUUAAUUGAAUCCUGAGCUUGCAUUAAGGAAUGUGACAACUGUAUUAAGUAUCACAGCACAGAUGCCGCUCCAAGAGAAGAUUGCUGUGAGGAGCGUUAUUGGUGGGGAUCGUGGUUUCUCCACUCUGAGGAAAACCAUUUUUCAUUCCAGCUCGAGGCUGAAUUUAAAGGCUAAUUCAGCAAGUCCAGAUUGCAACCAGUACUGCUGAAGUUUACUGGAAGGGCUUGGCCUCCCAGGGAAAACGUGUCAUGUUAUAAUAUGUUAAUUAACAUGAUGUAAGGCAGUGCAGACAAGCAUUGCUCUUUCGAAGUCCUAUUAGUGGGCUGUGGCUAACCCAGGGUGCACUGCACCUUUAGCCAUGACCAGCUAACAUGAUGUUAAACAUAGCAGCACACAGUGUAGACAAGGGGUAGGUGAUAGUUUUCAUUGUGUUUGUUACCAAGCGUAAAAUAGCUUGCAUUUUCCUCACUAUAAACAAGGGAUGUUAAAAUGCAAUUACUUCCCAAAUCGAAUAGUCGAUAGUUUUCUGUCGACUGUUCGAUUAGCGGAUUAGGGUAGGCAGUUGUGGUGCUCAGUCUGGCUCACGCCAAUUCACAGCAAAACCUCCCCAGCUGCAUCAUAAGGCAUGGG